CAACAGCUGUAGUUGACUGCGGUAGCCAGGGAGGAUUGUUCCGACACUUCCGCAGACUUGUUCCUGUUCAAAACCUAGGGUGUGCUGUGUUUUGUUUUGUUUUGUUUUUUAAAUAAUGGAAGGACCAAAUCCCUUCAAGACACCUAGCAAAUUACCUGAGAAGAAGAAAUCUUCAUCAUGCUUAACUCCAUCAUCUGUAGCUAUUCCAGCUUCUCCAUUUAUGAAAAAGCUUGGCUAUGGCACUGGAGUAAAUGUUUACCUUAUGAAAAAGUCUCCCAAAGGCUUGUCUCGUUCUCCUUGGGCAGUGAAAAAGAUUAAUUCCAAAUGUAAUGAUCAUUAUCAAAGUAUAUAUCAAAAGAGACUAAAUGAUGAAGCUAAGAUUUUGAAAGACCUUCAGCAUCCAAACAUUGUAGGUUAUCAGGCAUUUGCUCCAGCCCAGGAUGGAAGUAUGUGUCGUGCUAUGGAGUAUGGAGGAGAAAAGUCUCUCAAUGACUUAAUUGAGGAAAGAAAUACCAACUGCCAUUCUCCUUUCCCAGCUGCUAUAAUUUUGAAGGUUGCUUUGCACAUGGCAAGGGGGUUAAAGUAUCUGCACCAAGAAAAGAAGCUCCUACAUGGAGAUAUAAAGUCUUCAAAUGUCGUAAUUAAAGGUGAUUUUGAAGCAAUUAAAAUCUGUGACGUAGGAGUCUCACUGCCACUGGAUGAAAAUAUGACUGUGAGUGACCCUGAGGCGCAUUACAUUAGCACAGAACCCUGGAAACCAAAGGAAGCUCUGGAAGAAUGUGGUAUCAUUACUGAUAAAGCUGACAUAUUUGCCUUUGGCCUAACUCUUUGGGAGAUGUUGACCCUAACCAUUCCACAUGUUAAUCUUCCAGAGGAUGAGGAUGAUGAAGACAAAAUUUUUGAUGAGAGCAUGUUUGAUGAUGAAGCAUACUAUGAAGCACUGGGAACAAGGCCAGCCAUUAAUAUGGAAGAAUUGGAUGAAUCAUAUCAAAAAGUAAUUGAACUGUUUUCUAUUUGCACUAAUGAGAAUCCUAAAGACCGUCCCUCAGCUGCAUACAUAGUUGAAGCUUUGGAAAUAAAUAUGUAA